GAGAAGGAGGACGAGUGGGGGGGAGGGGGAGGAGGAGGCAGAGGCGUGCGGCCCCUCCGCUGUCACCCUUUCUCCAGCUCCUCCUGCUCCUCCUCCUGUGCUCCUCGCACCUCUCCCGGGCUGCUGGCUCUUCCCUCAUUUUUCCUCGCGGCGCCGUCGGGAUCGGGACCGGGACCGGGAUCGGGACCGGGAUCGGGAUCGGGACCGGGACCGGGACCGGGAUCGGGACCGAGAUCGGGACCGGGACCGGUGUGUGGCCGGCGGGGGAGCCGGUCCGGGGGUGCCAUGCCCCUCCCUGGGCGCCGUAGGUGACUGCCAUGCUGCUGCUGCUGCCGGCGCUGCUGGCCGCCGCCUGGCCGCUGCCCCCGGCCCGGGGCGGGCGGGAAGGACCGGCCCGGACCCCGCACCCCCCGCACUCCCCGCACCCAUCGCCCGGGGACACCCCCAGGGGGCCGGGGCCGGGCCCGGCCGGAGGAGCGGCCCGGAGCCCGCCCCCCACCCCCGCCUGGUCCCCGUCCUCGGACCCCGGCCCGGCCCGGGGGCUUCAGCCGGAGCGGGACCCCCGGCAGCAGCCGAAGCCCCCCGACCCCGUCCGGGGGCAUCCGCAGACCCCCGACCCUCUCCAGCAGGAGGGGCGGCAGCAGCAGCCCCCCGACCCCGUCCGGGGGCAUCUGCAGACCACCGACCCUCCCCAGCAGGAGCAGCAGCGGCCCCCUGACCGUCCCCAGCAGGAAGGACAGCAGCCCCCCGACCCUGCCCGGGGGCAUGAGCAGCCCCCUGCCCCUGUCCGGGGGCAUCAGCAGUCCCCCAACCCUCCCCAGCAGGUAGGGCAGCAGCCCCCCAACCCUGCCCGGGGGCAUCAGCAGCUCUCUUACCCUCCCCAGCAGAAGGGGCAGCAGCCCCCCAACUCUGUCCGGGGGCAUCAGCAGCCCCCCAGCCCUCCCCAGCAGGGAGGGCAGCAGCUCCCCGCCCGGGAGCAUCAGCAGCCCCCCAGCCCUGCCCGGGGGCAUCAGCAGCCCCCUCACCCUCCCCAGCAGGAGGGGCAGCAGCCCCCCAACUCUGCCCGGGGGCAUCAGCCGCCGCCCAGCCCUCCCCAACAGAGGGGGGAGGAGGAGGAGGAGGAGGAGGAGGAGGAGGGCCCGCGGUGCAACAUCAGCGUGCAGCGUCAGCUGGUGGGCUCGCUGCUGGUGCGGUGGAGCCGCUCCCUGGGCAUCCCCUGCGACCUGCUGCUCUUCUCCACCGGCGGGCACGGCCGGGCCUUCCUGUCGGCCGCCUUCCACCGGGUGUCCCCGCCGCUGCUGGUGGAGCACCUGGGGCUGGCGGCGGGGGCCGGCCCGCAGGACCUGCGCCUCUGCGUGGGCUGCGGCCGGGCCCGGGGGCUGCGGCCGGGCCGGCGGCGGGGGCGGCGGGGGGCCCGGGGGCCCAGGGGGCCGGGGGACCCGCCCUGGCUGCAGGCCGAGCCCCUCGACUUCUGCUGCCUCGACUUCAGCCUGGAGGACCUGCAGGGGGAGGCGGGCUGGCGGCUCAACAGGAAGCCCAUCGAGUCCACGCUGGUGGCCUGCUUCAUGACCCUGGUCAUCAUCGUCUGGAGCGUGGCGGCCCUCAUCUGGCCGGUGCCCAUCAUCGCCGGCUUCCUCCCCAACGGCAUGGAGCAGCGCAGGACCGCCCCGGGCACGGCCAACGCCGGCCCGGGCACCGCCACCGCCGGCCCGGCCACGGCCACCGCCGCCGCCGCCGCCGCCGCCGCCGCCGCCGCCGCCGCAGCCGCCGUCACGUCUGCCAAGUAGCCCCCUCCUCGCCCCCCGGCACCGCUCCGCCCAGCCCCUGCCACCGGUCCUGGGACCCCUCCUUGGCGACCCCUCUCUCCUUCGUGACCUCCUUCGUGCCACCUGGCCUAGCCAGGUGCCGGGCCCCGGGCCCGCUCCCCAGCUCCAGCCAGCCGGUCCAGGGCCGGCGGGGUCACCGACGAGGCCGGAGGGCCCGGGGCCGAGGCGGGAUUAGAACUCAGGUCUUUGUGACCACCCACACCCUCCUCCUGCAGCCCCGAGCCGGAGCUACUAGGCCGCGCUGCCCCUUGGUCUGCCCAUCGUUUGUGUGUGUCUGUGUAUAUGUGUGUGGGUGAGUAUGUGUGUGUGUGAGCCUGUGUAAGUGUGGGUGAGUGUGUGUGUGUGUGAGCCUGUGUAAGUGUGGGUGAGUGUGUGUGCCAGUGUGGGUGGGCGAGGGAACCCUGGGGAGGCUUCCCAGGCCAAAGCCCCGACAGGACCGGCCUCGCUCUUCUCCCCCCCGCACUGACUCCUGUCCCCCUUAUUUCCGUCCUUCCUUAGACGGGGAGGAGGCCUUGGCCAACAUCUGCAAGAUAUCUUUGGGGGCGCAUUUUAAAAAAGGAAGGGGUGCCUUCCAGCCCGGACCGACCUUUGGGGUGGUCCGCAAAGUCGGGAGGGGGGGCAUCGGGCCCAUCCCGGGAAUCCGUCCUUACACGUCCCAAGCUUCGAGAAGGCAAUUGCCUCGCUGCUUGUCCCUCUUCCUCCGCCCCCGUGGGCCCAAGAAACAGCGCAGAAAACGACCAGAUCCUGUGUAUUUGUUUUCUAUAUUUAAUAACCGUUUUAAACGAACGUUUUAGUAAAAACUACAACCACAAAAAGGGGGGGGGGGAUAAAACCGCAGUUGUUGUAGUAAGAUUAGCUAUUUGUAUCUGACCACAGUUGUCCUUACGGUUUUUUUUUUUAAUUUAUAAAAUAGAGGGGAGGUAGGGGGGAGUUCUGUGGGCAGGGUUGAAAACGGAUCUAUUGUGACUGCUGACACUGGACUUUAAUGACUCUUUUUCAAGUCUCUUUCCCUAGUCUUCUGGUGUGUAUUUUCUUCUCGUAAUCCUGUGGUUCUUGGCUUUUAAUACAGACGUUUUCCUCUCAAA